CAUCCAGCCAUCCAUGAUAUCCCAACUCCACCAAAACAGACGGUAGCCAUAUGCAUCACGUUUUCUUUCCAGCGCUAGCUUGGAUCGCCUUUCUCGCGCGCGUGUGGUCGCGAUUGAGGAUUACUCGCAGUUGGGGCUUGGAUGACUGGUUCAUGGUGCUUGCCGCACUAUGUUCUGUCCUAUUCACGCCCUUUUUCUAUGUGUACAUCAAGCUUGGUUACUUUGGCUGGCAUCAAGAAGAUGUACCGAAAGACUAUGAUCCAUCUCCUGGACUAUUUUAUUUCUACAUUGCACAGCUGUUCUAUAAUCCGAUUUUAGCACUAGUAAAGUGCUCGAUCCUCGUCUUUAUCCUGCAUAUCGGACGCACGCGCAAAGGCCUUCCAUGGAUGGUCUACAGUGUUUUGACACUCACUGUACUUCACGCCGUCGGGUUUUUCUUCGCGGUGCUAUUGUCGUGCGUUCCAAUCAAGGCAAUCUGGACCCCGGGUUUGAAACCAAGUGCUGAAUGCAUCGACAACUCGUUUCACAUCAUCAUCUCUGGCGUUACCGUGAUGACCGAUAUUUUGGUUCUUGCCCUUCCUUUCUAAGUUUUCUUGGGAUUGCAAAUACGUCGCCGUACAUGCAUUGCAGUCUUGUGCUGUUUUGGCUUUGGAGCUGUGUAAGUACUUCCCGGCUCCUGUUUGAAUACCAAUUUACUGACGAACAUGGUCACAGCGUCACCGCGGUCAGCAUCGCCCGUAUUGUGUCACUCGUCCAGUUGUUCUAUUUUCCCAGCGGUGGCGACCCCUUCUACGACAUCAAGAUCACAUACUCAAUCGUUGAGCCAAACGUCGCCAUUGCCACGGCUUGCGCACCUGCAUUAUGGCCCAUGUUCAAGCACUACUUCGAUACUGUUGCGAAGUCGUCUGCCCGAGGCACUUAUGGUGACACCUAUCAUACGGG